AUGUCGGACCUGGGCUGAGAGAUCGAGGAGGAGGCCGAGAACGACUUGGGGGAAUAUGAAGGCGAACGCAAUGAAGCUGGCGAACGGCAUGGACACGGAAAGGCCCGGCUACCGAAUGGCGAUACGUACGAAGGACAGUAUGCGAACGGAAGGAGAAACGGAAGUGGAGUAUACAGAUUUAAAAAUGGUGCACGUUACCUGGGAGAAUACAUUGAUAAUAAAAAACAUGGCCAGGGCACCUUUAUUUACCCAGAUGGAUCAAAAUAUGAAGGAGACUGGGUAGAGGACCAAAGACACGGCAAUGGAGUUUACUACUACGUGAAUGGAGACACAUACACUGGAGAGUGGUUCAAUCAUUUCAGGCAUGGACAGGGAACAUAUCUCUAUGCACUAACUGGCUCUAAAUACGUCGGCACUUGGGCAAAUGGACAGCAAGAAGGAUCUGCUGAACUUAUUCACCUUAACCAUAGAUACCAGGGGAAGUUUGUGAAUAGAAAUCCAAUGGGUCCUGGGAAGUAUAUAUUUGAUAUUGGAUGUGAACAACAUGGUGAAUACAUUCAUGAGGAAAAGCCAGAAGAAGAAGAGGAAGAGGAAACUUUGGUACCAGCGGUUCCCAAGUGGAAAGCAACCAAGAUUACUGAGCUAACACUCUGGGCACCUGAAGAACCACCUCCUCCACAAGUAGCUCCUGCAGCAACUGAUGAGAUACCGGCAGUGGUGGAACCAACAUCUGAGGAACCAUCCGCAGCUACUGGUGAAACUCCUGUUGAAGCUUUGACAGAAAGUACUGAGGCAGCUGCAGAGUCAACAGAACCCACUGAAGUGACAAUUUCACCUAAAGAUACUGAAGAGGAGGAAGAGGCAGCUAAAGAAGAGAAAGUGGAUCCAGGGACAGUUGUUGCAGAAGAAAAGGAGGAAGAAACAAAGGAAGCUGAGCCUCAGGAGUAAAGGAAAGAAAGGUCAAUGAUUACAUACAAAGCCACAAGGGCCAAUCUAGCCAAUGUUAUGCACUUGUUACUUCUGUUAAUUUUACAUGAGGAUUUCAGCACAUGCUUAAUUCUUUCCCUGAAAUCCAUGGGAUGUAAAAGUGCUUCAUUUUCAUAGGGUCACGUCCAUACUAUGAAAGAUAUGUUUUGAAACAUAGUUUUCAUAGGGUCAUGUCCAUACUUUCUUCUUUCCUCAUGCAUAUUAUUGGCUCCAUUUUUUCAUAUUGCAAGAGACAGCCUCAGCCUCAUUGUCAGAGGCAAGAGGUGAAAGUUCUCCCUGCUCCAUCCUCAUUCACUCUUUCCCCUUCUUGUCCUCCUCCCACCAUAUGUGUCUUCCUUUAAAAUUUAAAUGUUUGUCAAGCUAUUUUUAAUAAAGUUUUUUUG